UAAUUCAGUAUAGAUGCUUCAGUCGUACAAAAAUCUCUCACAGGCUCAUCAACAGACGUAUUUUCAAACGUACAAACUUAUCUACAAUGCACUUUCACAUUUUCUGUGUGUUGACAUGAACUCAUCCGAGGUCAUUUAAAAAGAGGAGAGAGCAUAUGACUGAAGAAAGACGAACUGUAUAGGAUUAUAGGAACUUUGUAUUGGCUUUACUCUGAGAAGAAGGACAACAUGCAAGUCUUCCUCUUCCUCAGCGGGAUCAUGCUGCUGAUACUGACCUCUGCAACCUCAUCCAAAGGACAAAACAUGAAAGUGCAUAUCAGUGCUUUUGAAGACACCAUCAUAUUCAAGUUUAUCCGGCCCCAUGAUAACAGCAGAUUGGAUGGAUACAUCCUGGGUUAUGGCAGCAGUAUGUUCUCCAAACAGUUGAUCCACCUACCUGGAAAUGGAGAACUCUAUGAAACUGAGAUAGAUGCUGAACCCAAAUAUCUGAUUGCGGUGCAGUCAGUGAAUCCUGAUAAACCAAAGAAGAAGUGUGCAGGCAAAGUGAAUCUGCAGAAACCAUUAAACAUUAUGAUCGGGUCGGUUACAGAGACCUCAGUGCUGCUGUCAUGGGGGACUUUACUCACAUCACCCUUUAUGGAUACCAAUGUGGAUGAUUGUUUUGAUGAUGGACAGUUUACAGUGCGCUACAGGGAAAAGGAACCCAGCAAUACCUGGAAGUACCAAACCUGUCCAACCACCAGCAUGGUCAUAGACGACCUCAAACCAGAUGCUCAGUACGAGUUUGAGGUUCGCCCGGACACUGACACCACUAGUGGAACCUGGAGCCCACCGGUCAUUCAUAACACAGCAGAUGAAACAAUGAAUGAGCCAUUUGAAGAACUGAACCAAGCAAAGCCUAAGAACACCACCCAAGCCAAACCAGCUCCUUUACUUGCACGCACUGUUUUACCAGAGGUACAGACAACUACAGAAGCAGAGAAGAUCAUAACAGAUCCUAUCUUUCUUGAUGAUCUGCCCACAUCCACCCAGACCCCUGAAUUCCCCCACACAUCUAUUACUCUAUCCACACCAAAGAUCACAAGCACAGUGGAACAUAAAGAGCUUACCAGUCAGCCCAGUACCACACCAGACCAACCUAUAACCAUAACACCACAAGCAUUAACAACUGAGCACCAACCUACUACAACCUAUCAACCUACUACAACCCAUCAACAUAGUACAACUCAAGAAGAACCCACUAGUACAACUCAAGAAGAACCCACUAGUACAACUCAAGAACAAACCACUAGUACAACUCAAGAAGAACCCACUAGUACAACUCAAGAACAAACCACUAGUACAACUCAAGAAGAACCUAGUAGUACAACUCAAGAACAAACCACUAGUACAACUCAAGAAGAAACCACAAGUACAACUCAAGAACAUACAACUAGUACCACUAAAGAAGAAACCACUAGUACAACGCAAGAACAAACAACUAGUACAACUCAAGAACAAACAACUAGUACAACUCAAGAACAAACAACUAGUACAACUCAAGAACAAACCACCACAACACAGGUGUCAACUAAAGAGCAACAAUAUACAACCAGACAGCAAAUGAUCGCAGCCGAGCAGCAGUUUAUUAUAACAACAUCUGACCCAAUACCAACACAAACAAAUCCCCCACCAACAAAACCACCACUUACCCAACAACACACUACAAGCAAAGUCCCACUCCGAACUGUCCGCCCCUCCCCUCCUAAGGAACCAGACACCAUAACUCAAGAUAAUCGCAAUACGGGAGAAAUUCGUCCCAAGCUGCGGCCACCGAGACCAAUCCUUCAUUCACGAGGCACAGGUAUCUUCCGCAACUCUUCGUCUGAUAUGACACACAAACCAAGGCUUAAUGGUCGCGUAUCUCCAAAUCGGCCUAUCAAUUCCACAAUACAACGCAACUCCAACAAUAACAGGGAAAGAGUACCCAAUGGUGUACAUCACAUAGGCCUUCGGGUGCCCAAACCUGGUAAGGUGCCCAGAAAGAAUAAAGUGAAGCAGAAUAUGAACCAGGUGCCAGAAAGUACAAAAAAGAAAAAUGAUAUUGAUCUGAAGCAGUUAGACAAACUGCCACUAAAGCCUUUAGCUCCACCCACUACUGAAAAACCAACUUAUCAGGAGACUACUCAGAUACCACGUUAUUUUAAUGGAAGUCGUUUUGACACAGGUGAUAACUCCUCUGUGUUCAGCCCUGUUCCUGUUUCUAAAACAGAUGCAAUGGGAAAAGAACGUUUCAUAGCUCCUCAUGUGGUCUAUAAAACUGACAAACGUCCAGAGGAGCCCUGCUCAGUCACCAAUUCUCUCAGUUACUUUCCCGAAGAGGAGGUGGGGUACAUCAAUGUCACUGGUCCACCCAAGACCCCUCCCUCUAACCUUACUGUGGUGACAGUGGAGGGAUGCCCAUCCUUCGUCAUCCUUGACUGGGAAAAAACUGACAAUGAGACCACAGAAUAUAAGGUGGUUAUAACCGCCACCGAGGGUCCAGAUGAAAAGGAGAAGUCUAUUGUGACAACAAAUCAAACAUUUACAGCAGUGGAGAAUCUGGUACCAGAAAGAAGCUAUGAAUUCGAAGUGACACCUAAGAAUGAGUUUGGUACAGGCCCAUCCAGUGACCCAGUCACCUUCAGUACUGAGUCAGCUGAUCCUCGCGUAAGUGAGAUCCCCACAGGUAAAACUGCAAUUUGGUCAUCAUUUCCAUUCAAGGCAGAUUCCUACACCGAAUGCAAUGGGAAGCAGUUCAUAAAGCGAACCUGGUACCGCAAAUUUGUGGGUAUCCAGUUGUGCAACUCUCUUAGAUACAAGAUCUACCUAAGUGACUCUCUCAAAGGAAAGUUUUACAGCAUUGGAGAUCAGGCAGGGUUAGGAGAGGACCACUGUCAGUUUGUUGACUCGUACCUGGAUGGACGAACUGGAGGUCCUCUUUCACCAAACGAGUUACCACCCAGACAAGGCUAUUUCCGGGCUGUGCGCCAGGAGCCUGUCAGAUUUGGUGAAAUUGGAGGAAAUUCCCUUAUCAACUACGUUGCCUGGUAUGAGUGUGGAAUACCCAUUCCAGGAAAGUGGUAGGACUUGGAGGACCAGAUGGAAAACAAGACCACCAGGACAAAUAGAAGAAAUGGUUUUGUUACAUAAUUUGUACAGGGAAUGGUUUUUUUAUCAGGCACAUAUAACAUUAUUUAUAAUCUUACGCAGCGCUCAAAGGUACAGAGAGAUGAAUGUGUUUCUAUUAAGAGUAAAGAGUUUGAUUAUAUAGGGUAGCAGGCUCCCUGAAAGGCUAAUGCAGAAUGUGUAUAUUAUUUAUCAAAAUGUUGAAUAUGCCAAAAAAUGGUUACCCAACCACUGAAACAUAGGUUUAAGGGUAACGCCUUACAAUAAGUUUGCAUUGGCUACCAUUAGUAAUGUAAACAGUGAGCAAUAUAUUUUUUUCUCAUUUAUUAAUCUUUGUUAAUAUUAGUUAAUGUCAAACAGUUGUUCAUGUUAGUUUAUUAUGCAUUAACUAGUGUUAACAUACACAACUUUAGAUUAUAAAAAAAUAUUUGCAAAUGAACAAAUGCUUUAAAAGUAUUGCUCAUUUUUAGUUCAUGUUACUGUAUUGUUAAAAAAAUAACCUUGCAACCAGUUUAAAAAUAAAUACUUAAAGGAAUAUUCAAUUUUCUUAAAAGAAAAAUCCAGAUAAUUUACUCACCACCAUGUCAUCCAAAAUGUUGAUGUCUUUCUUUGUUCAGUCCAGAAGAAAUUAUGUUUUUUGAGGAAAACAUUCCAGGAUUUUUCUCAUUUUAAUGGACUUUAAUAGAGCCCAACAUUUAAUACUUAACUCAACACUUAACAGUUUUUUUCAACGGAGUUUCAAAGGACUAUAAACGAUCCCAAACGAGGCAUAAGGGUCUUAUCUAGACGAUUGUCAUUUUUGACAAGAAAAAUAAAAAAUAUAUACUUUUAAACCACAACUUUUCGUCUAGGUCCGGUCCAGCGCGACCUAAGGUAAAUGCGUAGUGACGUAGGGAGGUCACGUGUUACAUAUAUAAAACGCACAUUUGCGGACCAUUUUAAACAAUAAACUGCCACAAAGACAUUAAUUAGUAUCAGUUGACAUACAACAACGUAAGAACGGUCCUCUUUCAAGACGCUUGUAAACACUGGGGCGGAGUUUCGCGUUCGUCCUCUGUGACCUCUUGACGUCAUGACGUAUUGCGUGGGGUCAGCUGGCGCAUCACGACCGGAUCUACAUGACGAGAAGUUGUGCUUUAAAAGUGUAUAUUUGUUAUUUUUAUUGUCAAAAAUGACAAUCGUUUU